CGAGUGAUCAAGUAGUCGCCAUUUUCUGUGCAGGCCGCGUCAGAGACUGGAGAUGUGGGACCAGGGAGGGCAGCCCUGGCAACAAUGGCCUCUGAGUCAGCAGCAGUGGAUGCAGUCAUUCCAGCAUCAGCAAGAUCCAGGACAGGUGGACUGGGCGGCUUUAGCUCAGGCAUGGAUUGCGCAGAAGGAGUCGAGCGGCACUUCGAUGGAGCAGCAGCAGCAACAGCAGCCGCCUCCUAACGGACAGGAUGUCGCUGGACUCGACGCUCAUAACAAUCACACCAACUUUCAGAAUGACUCCAGCUUUAACAGGAUGUGGCAGCCAGAAUGGGGGAUGCACAGCCAACCUCCUCCUCCUCCUCCUCCUCCUCCUCCCCCUCCUCCUGCAGAUCAGACGUGGAUUCCUCCAGCUCCAGCACCAAUGGACAUUGUAAAUCCAUCCGAGGACAGUAACAGCCAGGACAGCGCCGAGUUCACCAACGACCCACAUCACGUCUUCAGCCAGAACAGUCAUGGGUUCAACAGUGGGCCCGAACACUACCCCGUCACUCCAAUGCCAGUCAACCAGUUUGAUUAUCAGCAUGGCGCAUUUGGCCCUCCUGGCGCUGGGUUUCCCCCACCAUUUUGGCCCGAUGGCCCCCAAAACAGGCGAGACAGGAUGCCAGGAUUCAGACCGGACCGACCCAGAUCACCCGGGCAAAUGGGCAUCAAAACAGAAGCGCCAGUUAUUGAUGCAGUGAAAAGGCGCACUCUGCCUGCAUGGAUUCGAGAAGGCCUUGAGAAAAUGGACCGAGAGAAGCAGAAGAAGCUGGAGAAGGAGAGGAUGGAGAAAGAGCGUGCAGACGUGGCUCACGAUGAAAAAGACAACAAUGCAGCAGAGGAGGAGGGAGACGGAGUUCGGGUGCCACGCAAGAGCAAGUUUGAAAGUGAUGAGGAAGGUGAUGAGGGUGAAGAUGCAGAGGAAAAUGUUAUGGUGAAACUUCCAUCACCUGUACAUGAGGAGCAGAGCGAACCAGAAAUGACGGAAGAGGAGCGAGAGUUUCAGCUGAUGCAGUUGACCAAAACACUUCUGACCGAAGUUCUGCUCGAGGUGACGAAUGAAGAAAUCAUUCGCGUGGCCUUAGAGACGCAUCGCAAAGCCAGCAAAGCUCCUGCAAAACAGCUGGCACAGUCCAGUGCACUGGCUUCUCUCUCCUCCCUCGGCGGCCUCGGGGCAUAUGGAUCAGAUGAGAGCGACGAUGAGCGUAGCGUGAAGGGCUCGGACUCCUCUGAUACGGAUGAAGAGGAGCUGCGGCACCGGAUUCGCCAGAAACAGGACGCGUUUCGGCGCAAGGAGCAGGAAAGACAGGAGCUGGAGGAGCGUGUUAUUACUAACCCAGAACCCCCAGGCCUAGGGAGCAGGGAAAGGGAGCGAGAAAGUCAUGAGGAGGAACAGUCAGAUACCAAACACAAACAGGAAAUUAAAGACAGGGAGGUGGAGUUAGGCCACAGGUCAGAAGUUAGUGAGGUGAAGCAUUCAGGGUCACGCCGCAGCCGCACGUCCUCCUCCAGCUCGUCUUCCUCCUCUUCCGUGUCAUCAUCUUCAUCCUCCACGUCCUCUUCCUCUUCAUCCCGUUCUUCCUCUCCACGCAGGAAGAGGAGGCGCAGUCGCUCCGCUUCACGCGGGAAUCGCAGGCGCAGCCGCAGUCGCAGUCGGAGCUCCCGCAGGAAUCAUUCAGAACGCGGAGACAGGGAGAGGAGACGGAGCAGUCGGGACCGGAGUGCCGCUCGCUACAGGAAGCGCAGUCGCAGCCGUGAUAGACGGCGCAGCCGCAGCCACAGUCGAAGGAGGAGAACGAGAAGCAGAGACAGAGAGAGGAGGAAAGAGAGGAGCCCAAGCCAUGAGAAGGAGAAGAAGAAACGAGACAAGGAGCUAGAGAAAAAGAGAGACAAGCAAAAGGCGAGAGAGAAGGAAAGGGAAAAGGACAGGGAAAGGGAGCGAGAAAGGGAACGAGAGAGAGAUAGGGACAUUAGCUCAGCCAGAGAGGAAGAGAGCAGAUCAAAGAAGAAGCGGCGAGAGAGCGACACUAUUUCCCGACAGGAUAGCAGGUCUAGUAGAAAGAGUUCGAAUAGAUCAAACAGAAAGUACUCGGAUUCUGACUCCAGCAGGUCCCCGUCCCCUGAAAUUAGCAAAGGCAGAAAGUCUAAAAAAACCAAACGUAGUCGAUCAAGGUCAACGGAAAAAUCGCACAAGUCUGGUAAGAAGGCAAGCCGCAAACACAAGUCUAAAUCGCGAUCAAGGUCGAACUCCCCGAGCCGUCGCAGGCGCUGAGGAUUCCUGCGCUUUCUCACUUAUUUUAAAAUUCCAUGAGUUUAAAGGGCUUGUCUCGUUAUGGAGGCAGCGUUGUAGGUGAACUCUGCACUCAAACCCACACUGUAAAUAUGUGUUCAUUUUUAAGCAAUGUCUGUGAUAAGUUUUGAACAAUAAGGUUAAUUUGGCCUUAUGUUAUGAAAGACUCCGCAUUAGUAGUUGAUAUAGGAACUUGAAGCUGUAACAUUUUAAAGCCCUUAAAACGGUGAGAUAAUUAAUCUAAUGUAAAGUGUCCAAUAAAAUAAGAGUGCUUUUUUUCUGUUCA